UAUGUGAUGUUUAUUGUAAUCCUUCAUUCCAGUUUCACCAUCAUGGAUCCUCUGAUGAAAUUAAAUGCUAAUUUUGCCUUCAAACUUUUGAGAACACUGGAUGACGACACCUCAAAAAAUGUACUUUUAGCUCCCCUGAGCAUCACUUCUAUCCUCGCCAUGACCUUAUUGGGAGCAAAAGGAACCACUGCAAGGCAGAUAAGUCAGACAAUUUCUCUGGACAAAUGCAGCAGUGAUGAAUGUGGAGAUGUCCACCAGGGCUUCCAGUCACUUCUCAAUGAAGUGAACAAGAACGAUGCUGGUCACAUUCUCAAAACUACUAAUAGUCUCUUAGUGGAAAAGACAUCUCAUGUCCGAGCAUCUUUUAUAGAUUCCUGCCGAAAGUUCUACGGAGCAGAGAUAGAAGAGCUGGACUUUCAGGGUGCUACAGAGCAGUCCCGACAGCACAUCAACACCUGGGUAGCCAAAAAGACAGAAGGUAAAAUCACAGAGCUGCUGUCUCCAGGUUCAGUGAAUUCAAACACUAGGCUGGUCCUUGCGAAUGCCUUCUACUUCAAAGGAUACUGGGAGAAGCCAUUUAACAAAGAGGAUACCAGGGAGAUGCCUUUCAAAGUCAGCAAGAAUAAGACAAAACCUGUGCAAAUGAUGUUUCAGAAGUCUACCUUUAAGAUGACCUAUGUGGAAGAGAUAUCCACCAAGAUUCUGCUGCUUCCCUACACUGGCAAUGUGCUAAACAUGAUCAUCAUGCUUCCAGAUGAACACGUUGAACUGUCAAUGUUGAAAAAGAAAAUGACUUAUGAGAAAUUUGUAGAGUGGACAAGUUUGGACAAGGUGAAUGAAGAAGAGGUGGAGGUUUUCCUCCCACGAUUUAAGCUGGAAGAGAGCUAUGACAUGAAUGAUGUUCUUUGUAAGCUGGGCAUGACUGAUGCCUUUGAGGAGGACAGAGCCAACUUUUCUGGAAUGUCUUCCAAGCAAGGCUUGUUUCUGUCCAAGGUCAUACAUAAGGGCAUUGUGGAAGUAAAUGAGAUGGGCACAAAGGUUGCAGCUGCCACAGAAAUUGUCAUGAUGGGUGAACCACCAACAACCAACCGCUUCGUUGUUGAUCACCCCUUUCUUUACACCCUUAUAGAUAUUAGGUCCAAAAGGACUCUGUUCUUUGGCCAGUUCAUCUCUCCCUAA